GCGGUUAGCCUCCUGGCUAUGCUAGCGCAGUCAGAACCAGAGCCCCUCUCUCCCUCCGUGAUGGCGGAAGACAGCGAGUCCGCGGCCAGCCAGCAGAGCCUGGAGCUGGACGACCAGGACACCUGCGGCAUCGACGGAGACAACGAGGAGGAAAAUGAACACAUGCAAGGGAGUCCUGGUGGAGACCUUGGUGCAAAAAAGAAAAAGAAGAAACAGAAGAGGAAGAAAGAAAAACCCAGCUCAGGAGGAACCAAGUCUGAUUCCGCCUCUGAUUCUCAGGAGAUAAAGAAUCCAGCCAUUCCCAUGCAGAAGCUACAGGACAUUCAGAGAGCGAUGGAGCUGCUGUCCACCUGUCAAGGACCUGCCAAGAGCAUAGAUGAGGCCACUAAGCACAAGUACCAGUUCUGGGAUACCCAGCCUGUCCCAAAGCUUAAUGAAGUGGUUACUACUCAUGGGCCAAUUGAGCCGGAUAAGGAGAACGUCAGACAGGAGCCAUAUUCCCUCCCACAAGGCUUUAUGUGGGACACGCUGGAUCUCAGCAAUGCUGAAGUGCUGAAGGAGCUGUACACAUUGCUGAAUGAGAAUUAUGUUGAAGAUGAUGACAACAUGUUUAGAUUUGACUACUCUCCUGACUUUCUCAAAUGGGCGUUGCGUCCACCUGGCUGGCUGCCCCAAUGGCACUGUGGGGUGAGGGUCUCAUCCAAUAAGAAACUAGUGGGCUUCAUCAGCGCCAUUCCUGCAGAUAUUCACAUCUACGACACGUUAAAGAAGAUGGUGGAGAUCAACUUCCUAUGUGUGCACAAAAAGUUGCGCUCCAAGCGUGUUGCUCCGGUUCUGAUCCGAGAAAUUACACGAAGGGUUAACCUGGAGGGCAUAUUCCAGGCCGUGUAUACUGCUGGGGUGGUACUGCCCAAACCUGUGUCCACAUGCAGGUAUUGGCAUCGCUCUCUAAAUCCCAGGAAGCUUGUUGAGGUGAAAUUUUCCCAUCUCAGCAGAAACAUGACACUACAAAGAACCAUGAAACUCUACAGGUUAUCUGAUAGUACGCGUACCCCUGGGUUGAGGCAAAUGGUGACUGGUGAUGUAAAGCAGGUGACAGCGCUGCUGCAGAAGUACCUCAGUCAAUUUCACUUGCGACCCGUCAUGGGAGAGGAGGAGGUCCAGCAUUGGUUUUUACCACAGGAGAAUAUCAUAGACACAUAUGUAGUGGAGGGUGCCGAUGGUAUGUUGACUGACUUCACCAGUUUCUACACCCUACCAUCCACAGUGAUGCACCAUCCGCUGCACAAGAGCCUGAAGGCAGCAUACUCUUUUUACAAUGUGCACACACAGACGCCGCUGAUGGAUCUGAUGAACGAUGCACUUAUACUUGCAAAACUGAAAGGCUUUGAUGUUUUUAAUGCUCUGGAUUUAAUGGAGAAUAAGACUUUCUUGGAAAAGCUCAAGUUUGGAAUUGGAGAUGGCAACCUUCAGUAUUACCUUUACAACUGGAAAUGCCCUCCAAUGGACCCAGAAAAAGUUGGUCUCGUGCUACAAUAACUGACUGCUGGGUGGCUGAGACACUUGCAGGACGCAGGAGGUAGACGGCAUAAAUAAAAACAAAAGACAACAAUCCAUUCAAAGUGAAUGAGUUCCAUCGUGCAGCUCUCUUAGGUCUCGUUUUGGUUACGAGAGAGUUUUCUCUCAGUUUUUCUUUCUCUAUAUCCUGAAUGUGAAAACCAUCAGCUUCAAACUGACUUCUUCAUACUGUAUCAAAACAGACAUACACAAGUUUAGAAUUCGUUUAAGACAUGCAUAAACUAUCAACGUCCUUUUCUAAAAUGCACACACGCGUACGCACGCCUCUUGGACGACCGGUAAACCCCCGUCCCCAAACCCUAUUUCUUUCUGUUUGUUCUAUGAAGGCACAUUACGAGACGUGUGUGAGAAAGAGCUAGCAUCCUGUAUAGUUAAUGCCAGAUAUUUAUUAUGUGUUGUGUGGUUUACAUGGGGCUAAGAAACAAGGGGAGGGUGAAAUCCAGAGGCUUUUGUUGCAGAGCUGCCUUCAUAGGAGUUCCUGCAGGUAGUCAAUAGGUUCAAGGGGUGUUGCUGGGUACAUGGGAUAAAGAAUGUAUUGCAUUUUUGAAGCACAACAUGUUCUUAAAGGAGCAGAACGCUCCAACGUGCAUUUUUCAGACUUUUUUUGUUUUGUUUUAUGUGUUUAGGUCUUGAGUGUCUGAAAGCAACUAGAAAGAAGAAUGUGAGUUCUCGUUUUAAAUUUGUUUCAUAAUGGCAUUUUAGUGUGUAUGCCAGACGUAGUUUAUUUUUUCCAAUUGUUCCUCACCAUUUAGUCUUUCAUUUCAAGCAAUUCUGAUAUUUAGAAUUGUAUUUAAGUUAAAUUUGUUGUCUUCUUUUAUAUAUACAUUAUGUCAGUAUUCUUUUCAAUGAAACCAUGCAUCCAUCAGACCGACUGUGUAAAAGGAAGAAGGCAUUUGCUGGUACGUCCUGGGCAUUUUCAUACAAGCACAAAGAAACGGACAUGUCGAACAAUCAUGUGCGUGUCGUCUCUUUGACGACGAUCUUCACAGCCACAGCUUUCCCAGCGCUUUUGGUUAUGUGCGGCCGAGAAGACCUGCUUGUUACUCAAUCAAAUGAUUGAUUAAAUCACUGUUACAUGGGA